CACGCCGCUUGCUUUUCGCCCGCGUUUGAAGUUAGCGGCGCUGGCCGCAAAGUUGGGACACUGCGGCCGGCUGAUUUUCCUCUCAUCGGCUUCCGCCCUGCCCUCCCGUCCCCUCGGUUCCUGGGUACGGCGCUGGGCAUCUUGGCCGGAGCCGCACCUCAGGGUGGGACCUUUUCUCUUCCCCACUGGAAAAGCAAACCGACUUCUUUCAGACCACCACUUUCCAGAGCUGGAGCACACUCGAGACCCGGCCUCAGACAGGACGCCCACCUUCACUUGGGGAUGGUGCUGCUCGGCUGGAGUGUGCUGUGGCUGCUGCUGCCUCUUGGCUCCAGGGCCCAGAAGCUGCCCACUCGAGAUGAGGAGCUUUUCCAGAUGCAGAUCCGAGACAAGGCGUUUUUCCACGAUUCGUCAGUGAUUCCAGAUGGAGCCGAGAUCAGCAGCUAUCUCUUCAGAGACACACCUAAAAGGUACUUCUUUGUGGUGGAAGAGGACAAUACUCCACUCUCGGUCACGGUGACGCCCUGCGAUGCGCCCCUGGAGUGGAGGCUGGGACUGCAGGAGCUGCCCGAGGACGGCAGCGGGGAGAGCUCCGGUGACUCCGAGCCCCUCGAGCAGCAGAGGCAGCAGAUGACACACGAGGAAGGCACAGAGCUGUUCUCCUACAAGGGCAACGCCGUGGAGUCCUUCGCCUCCUCCAGUUCCCCCGCGGGUCUAUACCAGUUGGAGCUCCUCUCCACGGAGAAAGACACGCACUUCAAAGUGUAUGCCACCACAACUCCAGAGUCGGACCAGCCCUACCCAGAGCUGCCUUACGACCCCCGGGUGGACGUGACCUCCCUGGGGCGCACCACCGUCACGCUGGCCUGGAAGCCGAGCCCCACGGCCUCCUUGCUGAAUCAGCCCAUCCAGUACUGCGUGGUCAUCAACAAAGAGCACAAUUUCAAGAGUCUCUGUGCAGCAGAAGCCAAGCUGGGGGCGGAUGAUGCCUUCAUGAUGGUCCCCAAACCUGGUCUCGACUUUAGCCCCUUCGACUUUGCCCAUUUUGGGUUUCCUCCCGACCACCUGGGCAAAGAACGCAGCUUCCUGGCAAAGGCUUCUCCCAAACUGGGCCGUCCCGUGCACCCCAGGCCCAAGGCGGACAUUCAGAAAGUCUGCAUAGGCAGCAAGAAUAUCUUCACCGUCUCCGACCUGAAGCCGGACAUGCAGCACUACUUCGAUGUCUUUGUGGUCAACACCAACACCAACAUGAGCACCGCCUACGUGGGCACCUUUGCCAGGACCAAGGGGGAGGCCAAGCAGAAGACCCUGGAGCUCAAGGACGGCAAGGUGAUGGACGUGUUUGUCAAGAGGAAGGGGGCCAAGUUUCUCCGCUUUGCGCCUGUCUCUUCCCACCAGAAAGUGACCUUCUUCAUCCACUCUUGCCUGGAUGCUGUCCAGGUCCAGGUGAGAAGAGACGGGAAGCUGCUGCUGUCCCAGAAUGUGGAGGGCAUCCGGCAGUUCCAGCUGAGAGGAAAACCUAAAGCCAAGUACCUGGUCCGCCUGAAGGGAAACAAGAAAGGGGCUUCCGUGCUGAAGAUCCUGGCGACCACAAGGCCCGGCAAGCAGUACUUCCCCUCUCUGCCCGAAGACACGCGGAUCAAAGCCUUUGACAGGCUCCGCACCUGCUCCUCGGCCACAGUGGCCUGGCUGGGCACGCAGGAGAGGAACAAGUUCUGCAUCUACAGGAAAGAGGUGGACGACAGCUACAGCGAAGACCAGAAGAAGAGAGAGCAGAACCAGUGCCUGGGACCGGACACCAGGCCCAGGUCCGAGAAGGUCCUCUGCAAGUACUUCCACAGUCAGAACCUGCAGAAGGCGGUGACCACAGAGACCGUUGGAGGUCUGCAGCCCGGCAAGUCCUACCUGCUGGACGUCUACGUCAUCGGACACGGUGGGCACUCCGUGAAGUACCAGAGUAAAGUCGUUAAGACCAGGAGGCUCUGCUAGGUCCCGCGGGAGGGACCCCAAGUCACGUUACCUGUUGACUGACAGCUCCCACAGCCGAGAGAAGUCGUCACCUGUGCUUGUGCCACCGAAGGCAGGAGAGCCAGGGAUGCUGAUGUUUACAGAGCAGCAGAGAGACCUGCUCCAGCGCCCCAGGUCACCUCGUGUGCGUCCAACAUGGCUGGACGUCCAAGACACAGCCCGCCUGGGAGAAACUGCCGCCCCUCGCUCUGUCCACUGCAUGAACUGCUUCUAAAUUAUUUUAUUACCUAAAAGUCUAAAGUACGCCAUUCAUUGCACACAUCCACAAAGGCAAACCAUCCCUCUCUAUAGACGCUAGGAGAUUUAUAUAUAUAUAUAUAUAUAUAUAUAUACACAUAAAUUAUUUUAUAAAGUCUUGUUUUAAAUGUCAGUGUUUCUAUGAUGUAAACUAUUAAAUUCUUUUGCUGUUAAAGGACAGAUCUAAUCUAAGUAUUCUUAAGUGGACAGCCCUCUAGUAAUUUACAUAUUAAUAUUGUAAAUUCUUAUUUGUUGAGUAAGAGGUUUAAAUUCUGUAUGUAUCUCAUGUACAAAGUCCACACACAUUAUAUUCGUGUACAUAAAAUUAAAGAUAUUAGAUUACGUACUGUC